CUUGAGAGAUAGAUGCUAUAGUUCUCAUAAAUGCCAGGUGCCAGAAACUGUGAAUCUAUGCACAUGUACGCAGUCCAAUAAAUGAGGAGUUGAGUUACUCAUACAUAAUUCAGGGGAGUGCCUCUCUGCUAAUUACUGUGGACACAAGAAAUUUCCACGAGCACCAAAUGCACAGCCACUGCAGCAUUUGGGAAAUGCACCUGAAAAGAAAAGUCCAGACGUAGGUUAAGUAUACAGGUUCUUUAUUUCAUAGUGCUUGAGGUCAAAUUGCUACCGCAGUUACAAUCCUUUGUAUUGCUAAUGAGGCCAAACCAGACAAACACCACAUAUCAAUACUAGAACCGUUAUUACCACCGAAGCCAUAUAUAUAUGGCAUGAAUCUCUUGCUUGCCAGAAUACAAAGCACCUGCUUUGUGCACUGCAUAACAAAGCUCGGUCUCCCUUAGUUCUGGGGUCUUAAAAGAAACAUUCAACAAGAAUGAUGCAAAGUCCUGCUGGGCAACACUGCUUUAAAACUCCUGAUGCCAGUAUAUCAAAGUGUGCCAAAGCUUAAUGUGCCCUCACAGAGCAGCGAAAGAGCGAGCAAGGAGCAGCGGCUUUUUCGCUUCACAGGUUUUCUUGAAUGCUCUGAAAAAAAGUCAUAUUGAGCUGGACAUGUACUGCUGGCGACAUACUGUCUGUCAUUUGGGUUUCAUGGUUUCGCUGCUUUCUGCGGCAUGCUGCAGGUAGUGAGUAAUAAACAGGCACAGCAGAUUUUUCCCGACCUGCCUGCUGCUUACUACUUGCAACGACUCUUCACAGAGGCUGCAAAAUGCUGUGAAAGCCAGAAACCCAAACUUCAGACAAAUAUGUCUCAAAUAGGUACAAUGUACAUUCUAAACCCAUUGACGGAUAGGUGCAGCCUGAUCAACUGGCACAUUUCUAAAAAAAGUGCACCAGAUGACUUCAAGAGGAAGCCUGCGAAAGCUGUAGGUGUCCUGUGCCCCCUGAAACAACUGGUACGACAUCGCUGCUGACGCCAGGAGCCACAGUGUACCGGACGUAAUGAAGGAAUACUUGUACCAAUUAAUACGCGAGACACAUUAUGCCUCUCGAGUUCUCUAACAGAAAAUGAUCUCCAGGCUUCACAAAAAGAAAAAAAAGAAAAAUGAAGAAGAAGAAAAUGGGGGGAAAAAUGCACCAAGAACAUUGAACUUGAAACACCAAAUUUUUUUGGCGUGCACAUACCUCUAAAUUUCAUCCAGUACAUCAUCGUUGGCCGAAUGGAAAGCAUACACGGUUCACUAAUCCCAGCACACACAUAUGGAGCACACGUUGCAUGGACACAACCCCUCCGAUGCACCAGGCUGGCACUGCAAAGCUCAACCAAGAUCAUCCUUAGUGACGAACACGACAGUUCCUCAAACGAAAUGGCCGACGAAUAAUUGUCCGAGCAUGUGGCACCAGACCACUCUUCGAUGUGACAAGCAGUUGCAGUUUUGCAGGCAUAUGCGUGACCGUUGAGACAGGACACUACCUGUAAAGAAACCGAAGUGAACAUCACGCUGGUAUUGUUCAAACGUUAAUGCUAGAAUAUUACAGCUUUUUGUAACUCACGUCCUUGCAGUCGAUACAGUCCCACGUUCACCUAUAACGAAAGAAUACAAUUAGCCUCGCUUGUAAUAUAAAUCGUCGCUUCACCGAUGUAGACGAUCCACUCCUGCCGCCAUUUGCAAUGUGUCCAUCGUCUGCAACAGAACGAUUAUUAAACACAAGCAAAACGCAGGCGUCGUACGUUGCAUCACAGCCAGGUUGACUUACCUUAAACAAACAUUAAACUUGUAAUUGAAAAGCAAGGUUGUCGUCCUUUCAAAGGCGAGGUUGCAGCGCACGCAGCGACGAAUGCACUGCGGUAGAAUACGCGGUGCCACGUCACUCCUCACUCACGGGCGGGGCGCGGAACAACGUAGUACGCUCCAGCGAAGGCACACAUAGCCGGCACACGGAUUAUUCGACAAGCACACGAGUAUACGGCUCAGGAGGCACACAUACUAUUCAGCGGGGCACACAUAUUUGGCAAUAGGGAUCGUUGAGCUUGCUAUUUGAUAGCUGUUACGGCUGCUUCCAGACGGUUACGGCUGUGUACCGGCUGUACUUUCUGAGGUAACUUUUUUAACCGGCACAUGUUCGUCACAGGAUUUAGAGUGUAGACUCAAAAUUUCUACUGAGGUGCCCUAUUGUAUGCAAUAGUAGGUAACAUGAAGCAUAUCAUUGUGCUUUCAAAAGAAAUACAGUUUAUGUAAAAGCUCUAUACCCGCUACACUCAUUUUACGCCUCUUUUACACCCGAUCUCAGUGGACGUUGUAAAUAAGGUGUUACGUUAUUAUUACACCCAUUUAACACCCCUCAUCCCAGGAUGUUUCUUCGAGCUGGUGUAAUUUGGGAGUAAAAAUUAGUUUACACCCCAGUUACACCCGGAUUACACCCUAAAGGGUGUUUUAAAUUUAAGAGUGUACUUCCAGCCGCUUGAAGUAUGGCCACUAAACUGCGCAUUGGUCCAAGAUCAAGCGAAAAAGCAAACGCAGUUGCAACAAGUAAUGAAAUAUGUUCAAGCGGGGUGGCCGAAGAAAACGCCAGAUGAAGUUUGGAAACUAAGGUGGCUGAGGAAAGAGGCGAUAACAAUUGAAGAUAACUGCAUCGUCUGGGGCGCAGGUAUCGUCAUUCCCAGUACGCUGAGGGAGAGAGUGUUGCAGAUGCUACACGAGCAACAUCCGGGCAUAUCGCGAAUGAAAGCGUUAGCACGCGAACACGUGUGGUGGCCUAGUCUCGAAGCUGUGAUUGAGAACGUGGUUAGGAACUGCGAAAUCUGCCAGGAAGUCCAAAAUGCUGCGCAGCCAGUUGUUUUACAACCUUGGACCGUAUGCACCCGGCCGUUCCAAAGAAUUCAUCUUGACUUUAAUUGCUGUCAAGAAUGGUGUGAAUCGUCUUAUCUUGGUGGACGAUUACUCCAAAUGGAUGGAAGUUGUGCUCAUGCGUUCGACUACAUCUGAUGAAACUAUUGAGCGGCUAGGUGUCGUUUUCGCGCAGUUCGGUCUAAUUCAAAAACACCCUUUUGGGUAUAAACCGCUUACACCUUUUUGUCCUAUGGCUGGCACUCUUUUUUACACCGCGUCAACUGUAACACCCUUUCAAAAAGGUGUAUUUUGCAAAAAGCUCCUGUUUAAACACCCUUUUAGGAGGGUGUUUAACACUCUUACACCCUUUCGAAAGGGUGUAAGCUCCCGCGGCAGCAUGCCGAGCCAUGCAGUCCGACGUUUUUGCUUGUAUGGCAACAACCACCCUAGCGACGGCACAGUUCCAGCCGUGGUUCCACAGCAGAACCUAAACUGGAGCGCAGUGCGUCACUGGCAACCCUCAUCGUCCUAGCAACACUCUGAGUGAGCAAAAAAAAAGAACAAUUCAAAUAAAAUGAAAACAAAACAGUUGGACAUAUGUAAGGGAAGAGGUGAAGAUCGCAACAUCGUAACGCCGUCCGUGCUCGUGAAAUGAGCGGCGUUACGAUGCUGCCAUCUUCAGACGAUGCCUGUAAUGAGCCCGAGCACUCUCGGUAGCCUAAAUUGGCGUACCAGAUUGAUCAUAUACUGAAAUGCAGUUCGUUGGAGUAUAUUCGCUAAGCUUAGUGCAGUAAAACUCGUCUGUAACGGUGACGAACAUGUGUCUUUGCAAUUAACACGUACGCCUGUAACGAGUCGAGAUAUCAGCGAGCUUCCUGACAUCCCUCCCUGUCAAAUAUUGUGUUUUCAACUCAAGCUAUCGUCUAUAAUGUGAUUACCUAAUGAGCGGAGCUGUCAAGCCAAUGUAAUUUUUCUCUCACGAAUGAAAACACCGUUUUCAACACCAGUGUAGAAAGGGUGUAUAUAACGUAAACACCUUUUUCGACACCAGUGUUACUUGAAGGGUGUAAAGACAGGUGUAACGCAUAAAAAGACCCUUUUUGAUACAGCACUUGGUGUAAUAAAGUGUGUAUUUUCUCAUACACCUUUUUUAGCACCAUUUUUGCGGCCUUUGGUUAUCUUUGUGGAAUUAAAAAAGGUGUAUUUGCUUAAAAACACCUUUUUUUUACCCAGAAAGGGUGUUUUUGAAUUUACUGUGCGCGAGCACGUGUGGUGGCCUAGUCUCGAAGCUGUGAUUGAGAACGUGGUUAGGAACUGCGAAAUCUGCCAGGAAGUCCAAAAUGCUGCGCAGCCAGUUGUUUUACAACCUUGGACCGUAUGCACCCGGCCGUUCCAAAGAAUUCAUCUUGACUUUAAUUGCUGUCAAGAAUGGUGUGAAUCUUCUUAUCUUGGUGGACGAUUAGGGUACAUUUAUGCUGCAGCAUCGCUGCUGGCACAUGGCACAUCGCUGUUUGGCGAUGACGAAACAAACACAUGUAUCUCUUUGGGCGCGUUCAUGCUGCAGCAUCGCUGCUUGCCAAAGAUGCACGCCAUGAUCAUGGCCACAACAAUGCUGCCAAACAUGUUUGAACAUGCCCGGGGACUACCUGACUUCUGGCGAUGACAGGUCAAACACAGAGCUUUCUGUUGGUGCACUUACCCUGCAGCCUGGCUGCUCGCUUAUCCUCGCCGCUGCUUGCCGCUCUGCUCGCUGCACCUAGGAAUGUAAACAUGUUUGUCUUCCUGGUAUCAUUGAUGACUGGCGUCUUGAAAUCCGACCUGCGAUUGGUUGUGAUGAAGUCGGUUUCCUCCUUCCCACUUUUCCUCGUUUCCAUCCUUCCACAGUGAACGCUGCUAGGCGGCUGAUAUAGCGAAAGCGAGCAGCAUCUUGAGCAAUCUGCAGGGUAAACGCACCCUAGCGGUUAUGCGAGCAGCGAUGUGCUUGAAGCUGCAGCGAGCAGCGAUGCUGCAGCAUAAAUGUACCCUUACUCCAAAUGGAUGGAAGUUGUGCUCAUGCGUUCGACUACGUCUGAUGAAACUAUUGAGCGGCUAGGUGUCGUUUUCGCGCAGUUGGGUCUACCGGAUUCGGUCGUGACUGAUAACGGCCCCCAAUUUGUCAGCGACGAAUUCGAGUCUUUUCUUCGGAUGCACGGAAUAAUCCAUGUAAAGACGCCACCGUAUCAUGCGCCAUCCAAUGGCUUGGCCGAGAGGAACGUACAGACGGUUAAAAAAGCUCUCUUGAAAAGUCUCCUCGUGGAUCGGAGAAAUGCAACGAGGCGAAGCCUGCUGCAACAAUUGUCCGAGUUCUUAUUCCAAUAUCGAAACACACCACACCGCACAACUGACUGUUCGCCUGCGAAGCUAUUUUUGGGGAGGACUCCACAGACAAGGCUCGUACAGCUGAAACCGCAAACUCUGGGAAAGGCUCGUCCCAGACAGAGGGCACGGGAACAGCACCGCGAUCGCCAGCAAUGACAAAUAAGGGUGAAAAGAAGAACCGACAAGAGGCGUGCGCCAUCUAGGACCUUCCAAGUCGGUCAGUACGUUUGGGUGAAAAAUGUCAGAGGGGAACAAGUGAGCUGGUCAAAGGGAAAAGUCAUCCGUGUGAUCAGCGCACUCACCGCUCUGGCUUCUGUUCAAGGGAAAGUGAGGUUCGUGCACGCAGAUCAUCUCCGUAUUCAUCCGUGUGAUCACCGCAGUCACCUAUGUGGCUUCUGUUCAAGGGAAAGUGAGGUUCGUGCUCGCCGAUCAUCUCCGUAUUCGUUAUGCACCUGGAGAGGACCCAACAUCUGGAGGUGUCCAGACGGAAAAGUUACCAUCCAAGAGCCACACGACUGAUGUAAGCGUCAGCUUAAAUACCUCGGAUACAGACGACUCUGAUGUGGAAAGCGACGGCCCUGGAAAAGAGCCCGCGAUAAGUGAGCAGUCGGAUGAUGAAUUGGAGGGGUACACCACGUGUGCGGAAUCUAGCGAACCUACCCUCAGGUGAAGUAGCCGUCACAAACAACAACCGGAAAGGCUCGCGUAUAAGCAACUUGGUGGUUCGAUUUUGAAGUUUUUGCCAUUUUGAAGAGUUGCAAUUUGAAUUAUGUCACAUGUUUGAACGGUUUUGCAAUUUUAAUGUUUGAAGAGUGGGUUCUGUUUUGAGACUAGAAAUCCCUGGAUUGUAAAAACAACAACAACAACAAAGGAAGGUGUAGCAGAAACCGAUAAGCAUCUUUCCUGCUAGACGCUACUGCUAUACCCAUGUUUGGUGUGACUCAUGUAACCUGUUCUGUCUGGUGAUAAAAGAUUCCGUUUUUGACUGUUCUUGGGGUUGGUGGUCUGUCUGCUGCUAUGUCGGGAGCUAGGGCGUUACCGGAUACAACACUUGACGUCAGAUACUAUUAAACGCCCGUAGAAAUCGCAGUAUUUUUUUACAGAGUGCCACAUAGUCCUCCUCAUAAGGCAAACAUACAUACACAUUGCGUAGCUUCCAGUAGUCCUUUUACAGCAUGCCAUUCGGAGGAUACUCUGCAGAACCUGUGAAUGCCCAUCUUGCCUGAUCGAAGCGGUGUCGAAAACAAGUCGGUCCUUCCCUACAGCACUUUAACAUCAGCAUACUUCCUCUCUACUGUAUGAACAACAACAAAGUUUCUUUCAAGGUAGUAGCAGUAUGCAACCCGAACGGUGUCUUUUCGUGCGGAAUACUGAAUGUGCACGCCCUCAGAUAACCUUCUGCUGACUUGAGACAGUGGCCUGUUAACCAAUCUAAGGAAUCUUUUAAGUUUCUAAGCUAUCAGAAGUAAAAUAAUAACAAUAUCACUCGUCAGCUACUUUUUAAACAAUGUGGCGUAGAAAUCUGGGAGCGGGCCAGGGUGUGUAUUCAUACAUCCUGGUUCAUUCUGAUAUGCCAAGACUCCGGAUUCCUACACACACACACCCAAAGACCUACAUGUAAGAAAAACAGAGCACGCUACCGACGUGGAGGCUCCAUGUAUUCUGGCACAUUUACCACAUUGUUUAACAAGUAGCUGACGAGUGAUAUUGUGAUCAUUUUACUUCAGAUAAUGGGGCUCGCUUGAGCCCCGGAACAUCAUUUCAUGUCAUUGUAUUACUAUUGUAUGCCGGUGUGCAAAAUAUACAUCAAGUAAUAUGAUAAUCCCCGGGCUCUGGACCAUUUUUGGGACAGAAAAAUAUGGGAGGCGUUCUUGGUAGUAUAGAGGGAGAUGAGGAAUGCGUGAGCAUGGCCUUGGUAAACUUAUCAGAAAGGGAAAAACAAUUUCGCUGUACUGUAUAAAUACAUAAAUUAGUCCUAAUAAAAAUUGCUGUUGUUAGUGCACUACCCAUGUGUUUGUCCUGUGACUGCAAUACAGGGUGUAUCAGACUUUUUCUGCAUUAUGGGGUGUGUCAGACUAGAUGGUGGGGCACAGUAGGAAAAAUCCGGAGCGGUUGGUACGAGGUCACGAUGGCGAAAUGAAGCAAGCAGACAAGGACAUAGAAGGAUGUAUACAGGACAACUGUAGAAUCUCAACUGAAGUUUAAUCAUAGACAACGUCUUCUUAAGUACAAGCAUCAAAGUCACUGAAAGUCAUCUCAGGGCAAGCACGGGCCUGGUGCUGUAAACCAAUUGGACUUAUAUACAAAUAUGAUGGAAACACACUUAGACCAUGCGUAAGGUGUGUCCGUCGCGUGCUGGAUAGCACGUUUGACUCGCGCUUUGAGGGUGCUAUCUGUUCCUGUUUAGUCCAUGAUGUUCACUUGUAUACAUAGUACGUAGCGUGCGUAGUACGUUGUAUGGUCACAUAGUACGUAGAUCACCAGCGUACAUGUUUCCCGCGCUCUUUGGAGUCGGCUUUGCCUUGGUCUGGUGUCAUCACCGCAGAAUCUAGCCAGUACGUGCAUAUAAAAGUAUGUGCCUAUAAGUAUGAUAAUUUCCAGGAUUUUCAAAACCAAGCUUAGGUUUGAAGAACGGCCUACAACUUUGUCUGGAUCUAUAGUAAACCAGCAAUUUUUAAAUUAGUUUUGAUUUUUAAUCCAUUGCCCCAUCGCAGUCACAAUCUCGCACACAAGUAGCCCGCGAGACCACAUCAAAGCAGCCCUCAGAGAUUUGUUAUCACAAUUAGGCACCGGCUUUGAUGAAACAACAACGGUGUUUACACUUCGGGAGUUCUUUUGGUAAUUGAGAAUUACCUCCUGAAAAAAAAAAAGGAAGAAAACAUUGAUGCGCCACAUCUUAAAAGGUAAAUGACAGAAAAGGCGAAAGCAAGCUGUACAGCAACGAAACAAAGAGGAAUGUACAGUAUAUUCAGAAUCUUUAGGUGGUGCCAAGACGCCCAGGUAAAACAGAAGUUCCUCCAACAUUUUCUCUUACAAGGGCAUGUUUAGCUGUCGCAAUCGCUGAAGCUCAACAUAUUUAUCGGCCCUGAGGAGGCGAAUGGUGCUGUGUUGUUUCAGGACAGUGUCCUCUGGGUACUCAACCACUCCAUAGGUAUGAUCAGCAGCUGUCUUUGCCUGGCUUUGUUUGGCUGUUCUUCCCUGUUUGAAUAUUGGAGAUCUUCAGUGCACAUUUUUACCUUGAUUUUAUUUCUUCUGAAUGAGGUGCAAUGGAUCCAGCUUCCUACUCUCGUGUCCCUUUUUUUUCUUCUUCUUCUUCUUCUUCUUCUUGGGUGGUGGCUGUGGAGCAGAGAUUCAAUAAUUCGGGGGCUUUACGUCGCGAGACAACUGUGACGUGUGUGGAGCGAAGAACAAUAUCAAAAGUCACCUCUCGCCUUCUAGCGAAAGGUGGACAUUGCAGCAACUCGCCUGUUCCUGGAUGUCAUCUUCAGUUUCGCUUGUGUCGAGAAUUUUAUUCACCCUGACCUUUUUGCUGCUGACUUUUGAUUGAACAUCCUUAUCAGGCUCUGGAAAAUAUUUCAUAAAAGCAUACACUAUCAGUUACCUCUCGAGAAUAUCCUGUAAUGUACAGCAGCUAACAAAUACUAACACGUGGCACACGCCAGACUCACUAACAGACGGCGGUGUGCGACGCUUGACAGAAGUAUCAGUAUAUAUACUUUAGUUUGAAUUGCUGAUGUGGCAUUCAGCUCAGAGGCUCUAUAUUUUAUUACCUUAAAAGUUUCCUGUGGCACCACAUGAAGGGGAUCAGACAACGACGUUUUAGAAACACUUGGAAGGACGCCGAGAGUGCCGCCAUGCUAAAGUUUUUUUUGGCAAUUUCGGGAACUCACAUACAGCAUCUCUAGUACAGCGUUCGCACUGCCACGCCGAGGCCCGGUUUCACCAACGCCGAUUAACAUUUGAACUGAGAUCAACGGUCCCUUAACUUAAAUUUGACGCUAAACUCUGCUUCACUAAAGGGAGCUAUUGUUACUGAAACAUUCACCACGUCACCAACUAACGUUUGUAAACAAGAAUUGAGUGUUAACUGCAAGUUUUAGCAACCCCUGAUCUCGGUUCAAAGUUAACCGGUGUUGACGAAGCCGGGUCCUAAUCUGGAUCUGCACUCGAUCAUGAUCGCGGCUACGCGGUUCGACAUACCUAAGCCGUCCACACCUGUCAUUGAGGACCCAAAUUUAUCCAGGUUUUCGUUUGACGCUAUUUCGGAGAAGCUGAUUUGCAGUUUUCUCACCCUUACUUCAUAGCUGACGCUAUAAACCUUACGUAAGGCGGACAGAAAGGCUUGUCCAUCUACAAGGGUGACUAUCAAGGUCACUCUGCUGCCCGUGAUCUGGGGGUGACGCAGCGUCAGGCCUGUUCUGCGAGUUCGCGUAUCGCACUUUUAUGGGGUACAAAUAAUGACCCUUUUAGUGUGCUUCACCUCUUUGCAGCUGUGCUCUUUGUUGGUUGCUGAAUGUACCGUAUGUACACUCUAAAUCGGCCCCCCGUUGGGUACCGCACGUGUACCGGCCCUGUAGUACCAGGCGCCACCGCAAAAGGUACACAACUGACACGCGAACACGAAGGGAACUUUGCAACGGGUACAGAGCCGCAUGCACAAAAGAAGUUUCCAAGCUUCUAAGUCCAUGGGGUACAAGUCAGGUACCGGGCGUUGUACCCGCUGAGUGAGGCAUGUACCUGCUAAAUGAAACGGGAGAGCGGCCCUUCUGUACCUGAUGAAGAUGACAAAAUUUUCGUCGAUCUGUAAUGCGCGAGUGACACGGCCUACAAACAACGAAACAACGUGUGAACUGCGUGCGGUUUCGGAUUAGAUUUUCUCGGCGGAACCGGAUGACGACUGCGGAGUAGGAAAGCUUUCCUGGCUUUCCUACCUCCACGGAGCCCACAAACCUUUUUAUACUGCGACAUUACUUUUAAUUUGCUUUUCUAAUUUGUUUUUCUGGAAUUGCCUGACGACGUAUGCUGACUGUGUCGAAAGUAAUAAAAUCGUUUAUGCGGCCUAUCGUCUCACGUCCGUGCGUCCGUCGUGGUUUCACGUUUCGCAUGCGUUCCGCGGUUUCGUCUGCCGUCGUUUUGCUUUGUGUGAAGCAGAGGAUCUGCCUUAUUGGCUUCCCCCAUCGGCAGUCUUAGCCCACACAUGUUAAUGGUAUUCAGCGUUCGUGACGCAUCUUACGUCCGAGACGCCCUGGACCUCAUACAAUGAGCACGAACAAGGACGUAAGAGGCACCGUCCGGGGUGCGUGCACAACCUGUGAGUGCACAUCAUUCAUGAGGAGCACUGAGCUGUGGACGUCAGGGCCUUUCCCGCCAGGAUGGUGCGAAUAUUGUGGACACUCCCCUGUGUCUCACGUCGCGGUUGACAUAUUUGCAAGCACAGAACGCACCCAGCGAACAGAGUCAACAUUAGAGUUGAUCACUUCAGGGCGAAGACAACCAGACCUGCCUUUUUCUGCUCACUCUGUUCUAAACACUUCAGCCUCUGCUGAGGUUACAUCUGUUUUUGCAGGAAGUCAGAGUUCCACCACAGAAGAACCAUGUCAGGGCCCAACGGCUGCAGCAGGAACUGCAGGUUGCACAUCUGCUAUCAGAACUGGUGGUGGUAAUAUGAUGGUGGAUGACAGCUCGGGUAUGGCAGAAAUGCCAAGCACUUCUCAGGAGCAUCCCCUUGGAACAUCAUCGAUACUGCAGGCGGUUGAAAAUGUUUGUCGUGCCGCGGUAGAACAGUCCUCCAGAGAAAAGUUUACGUUGCCAGAGUUUUCACCCAUGGUGCAACCCCUUCUUAAAGGAAAAUCUCUGUCCGAGAAGAUGGAAAAAAUGCUUCAGCAGCAACUCCAAGAUGAGCUUAUAGAAUACCUAGAUGAGAAUCAACUCAUAAUAAAUGAAGCACCAUGGCAGUUGAGAGAGCAAUAUAAAGCACUUGGGCGGUGCCUGCUGAAGUGUCACCCAUGCAUACUGUGGCCUAGCGCCAAACCUGGCUCGAAAGCGGAGAGGAAUGCAAAGUACUGUUGGAGUGUAUUCAUGCACCGGCUAUCGCUCAAGCGAAAGAUACGGCGGCUAAGGGCAAAGUGGAGCAAGAACAUGGCUGGGGUAGAUACCCAGUGUCCUUCGACAGAGAACAGCAUGCACGCUGUAGAAAUUCUUGGGACAGCCAUGAGCUGUAACGAGGCACAGAAUGAGCUGAAUGUACUGGCAAGCUUCGAACACGGAACAGUAAGCUUCAACCUGGCACGCUUGAAACAACUGUUGCGUCUAUCCUAUGAAGUGAGAAGACUUGAAUACCCUGAGAGACUGCCAGUGUACUUCUUAAACGAGGAUGCGCUCUGCGUUGAAGCUGAACUAAGGUUCCAGCUCUCGAUCGAAGAAAUGGUGGCGAAGUUGAACCAUGUACGUCAAGAGUUCAUUAUGGAGCAUGGUGGAGAAAGCUUUGCAGACAUAGACUGCUACCUACGGUCCAGGAAGUGCAAAACUGCACUCAUCACACUUGAGGACGUAAAUGAAGGUCAGCGUGUGCCAGGUCCCAGCCUAUCCUUCACUGCGAAGAAGGAAAUCCGCACAAGGCAUGAAGCGAUCGACCUCAGCAGUAGCUGCAGUAUGGAGAAAGCACUCAUUCUUGUACUCUGUGUGUACUAUGUGAAAAACCUCAGCUACCCUCAAGCUUAUGGCCAAACGCUGGGUCUCCUUCAAACCGUGCUAGUGAAGGACUCUUAUUUCAACGCUGCUCUGCAGACAAAACGCCUUGCUAUGUUGCUGAAGCAUCUCGGUGUGUCCCGUCAGGAACCGCAAAAAGCUCAAAGCCUGCUUUCACUUAUCCGCUAGUCUUCCCACAUUGCCAUAACAUAGAGAUGACGUAGUGGAUGACUGGGCUUCUUGUGGUUUUCCCGCUGAUAUAAGCGUAGUACAAAGCCAACAAGCCUUCCUAACAGCUGUCUUACUGACAUCACUAGAAGCUGCUGGCGACAUUUCAUUUUACCUUGAAUGCAUAUUCGUUGAAAGUGUUAAAGCCAAGAGGGACAUAAACAACAGGGCACGCUUUCAGCAGCUGUUUUAUGCGCUGUCACAGUGGCUUAAAUACAUGUCAACCACUCUGUUUUUUCUCGCAGCGUCAGGGACGGUUAGUGGAUCUCAUCUUGUAAUCUCAAACACUCGUCGUAUUUUACGCCCACAGUGAGGAACCAAAGACUGCAAUUUUCGGUUCACGGCUUCUGGUCUGCUCAUCAAAGUGCCUGUUCCUUGUGUCCCUUUUAGCUCCUUUGUUUAAUGUAACUGAUAUAUAUAUGAGGGUCAUUUCAUAAAUAACGCACAGUAAUUUCUUAACGGCAGGCAGUUUUUCACUUGAGUACUCCCUUUUCCCAGUCAGUCUAUGUAGCAUUCCUGCUGUGCGAUUACUGUGUCCCAAAAUAGAGGAACGUUUUCUAUUCCGCUGAGAGGGGCGCAUUUGUUGAGUGUCCUUACACCUCAGGUAAACACUCGCUUCCUAUACUGUAGUGUCCUCCAGGGAUGGAAAACGUCCACUUAUCAGCUCCCUCAACUUUGGGUAGCAGGCCGAAACUUGGUGGGCUUGGGUUGAGGUGAGCAUGAGGUUAUCUGUGAUCUAGUUGCUGAGUAAGUACGAGUGGGGGCUGUUACCUCACCUGGACUGCAGCCAAGACGCAAGUCGAUCAGACUUCGGCCUGUUCCCCAAGUUGAAAGAAUCAAUGUGUGGGCAACGUUUUUGUUCGCUAGUGGAGCCUAACAGAGUGUGUACCCAAGAUAUAAGAGCACCCAACAAAAGUGCAGCUCUCAUUGGGAUAGAAAUGCAUCCUCGACGUUGAGACGCAGCAGUCGCAUAGCAUCCAGGGAUACUACAAAUUUGGACUGUGAAAAGGUAUUGCUCGGGUGAAACAUUGCCAGCCAGUAGCAAAUUAUGGUACAUUAGUUAUGAAAUGACCCUCGUAUUUGGUAUAACAGUGUUGUUUGAUACAAAUGUUACGGUUAAUAUAUUUGUGGCUGUGCACAAGGCAGCCCGUUAUUUAUUUUUGCGCAAGGUGCAGUGCAAUAUUUUCAAAUAUGUUUGUAGCCAACAAAGUCUAAGUGAGUGCAGUUAGGCUCCACCAAUAUGGCACUCCGUUUUUGGGAUAAUUUGUGGUAUUGAUAUCACUUGAGGUUCGCGGCUAAGAUAUUGCAUUCAUGUCUUGGAUGUUCCGUAGGAUUGAAGUUCAAUUCAUUCUUGUUACAUAUAGUCAACUCGUACAAAGCUCUCAUUGUAAACAGUACACAAAAUAAAUGGUCACACUGUC